GAAAAUGGCGGCUUCAGAAUAAAGAAUUUGUAAAGAAAUAAAAAUAUAUUGAUUCCAGGAUUAACCAAUAUUUGUCAGAAAUGCCAGUCAGUGAAAUGGAGAAUCCAAUUCAACCUCCUAGUGCUGAUGCGACCGACCAAUCUCAAAACAGUCAGGACAGUGAAAUGUCGGCGAAUGACAAUGCAUCGAAUGCUUCAACUGAAACACCACCUUGUUAUUGUGAAAAACCAAGGGUUAUUGGUUCACCAGAGAUCCAGUGCAGUAUAUGUCUAAGAUGGUUCCACGUUGAUUGUGUGAAUGCCAAUUUCAAUGGCGCUUGUCUCCCUUUCAUUACAAAUUACCAGUUCUGUUGUAAACUAUGCAGUCCAACAGCUAUUGAUAAAUUUCAACGGAAACAAGCCAGUUUCAGUCAGAUAUCUUUGACAGCGCUAGCAAAUUUAACACACGAGAGUACUACUAAGGGUGAAUCUGUAACAAUGUUCUCUAAAGACAAAGACAUUAUACCAUUUAUAGACAAAAAUUGGGAGAGUAUAACAAUACUGUCCAGACGAACAAAAUCAACUUGGCAUAAUACUGUUUUAAAAACAUUAACAAAGGAAACAGAAUUAUUCCAAUCGGACAAAACAGGAGAGAACUUUGGUCUUGUUAAUCAAGAUCUAUCCAAGAUUGCCCCAAAUUAUGAAAGUGAUAAAGGCAAGGGCACUGGAGUUAGUUUGACGGAAACCAAAACAAGAAAUGCCAAACGAAAGGCCCCAUUUGAUAACAUUCAAAUUACUGGUGCUAAACAGAAGAAAAGUGACAUUGGUGUGUCUAACAAACUGAUGUCUCAUGGUUACCCAUUAGAGCAUCCAUUUAAUAAAGAUGGUUAUAGAUAUAUUUUGGCUGAAUCAGAUCCUCAUGCUGCCAACAGACAGGCCUAUGAUGACAACCAAGAGUGGGCUGGUAAACCUAUACCAGGAUACUUAUACAGAACAUGUUUAGCCAAUCAAGUUCUAUUGGCGUUGCAUGACCGCGCUCCACAACUGAAAGUGUCUGAUGAUAGAUUGAAUGUUACUGGUGAAAAGGGUUACUGUAUGAUUAGGGCCAGUCAUGGUGUAAGAUAUGGAGGCUGGUAUUUUGAAGCUACUAUAGAGGAAAUGCCACAGGACUCAGCUGUCAGAAUUGGAUGGUCUCAAUCUCUAGGAAAUCUACAAGCACCAUGUGGCUAUGAUAAAUUCAGCUACUCCUGGCGUUCAAGAAAAGGUACCGUAUUUCACCAAAGUCGUGGCAAACAUUACAGCAAUGGAUAUGAAGAAGGAGAUGUAGUUGGAUUUUAUAUUGAACUUCCUAAACCUGAGGAUCCUGGCAAACUGUUGAAUACAACUUAUAAAGAUAGACCAUUAGUUAAAUUUAAAAGUCAUUUAUACUAUGAGGACAAAGAUAAUGUUUCAGAAUCUGAGAAAAGUUUAAAACCACAUUAUGGAAGUAAAUUGAUAAUGUUUAAGAAUGGUAAGAAUCAGGGAGUUGCUCAUCAAGACUUGUAUGAAGGCAAUUACUUUCCAGCUGUGUCCCUUUACAAAAGCAUUGUUGUUAAUAUGAAUUUUGGUCCAGAUUUCAAAUGUCCUCCUGAAGGCUUAGAAGAUUAUCGACCAAUGUCAGAUGCAGCUUUUCAAAGCAUUGUGGAUAGUUCUGUUGCUGAUAUAUUGUUCCACGUAGAAAAUGAAGGCAAAUUGCCUGAAUUUUAGUGGCUAUAUUGUGCUUGUUUUUAAAGAGGUUUUCUUAAAAAAAUAUGUGUAUUGGAGAUACUAAAAGCAUCAAUUUGCACCAUUCUAAUUUUCAAACAGAAAUUGGUUCCUGCAAUUCCACUAAAACUAAGAUUUUUGACGUCAUUAAUAACAAAGGCCCUCCAUAACAAUGUAAUAAAGCAUAUUUUGCAAUUAGGGACCUUAUCAAACACUUAGUUUUAGUGGAAUUGUAGAAAUCACAGACGUCUGACUGAAAUUUGGAAGGGUGCAAAUUGAUGCUCUCAGUGUCCCCCAUACACGUAACAAUUUUAUAAUACCUCUUUAGAAUCACUUUAACGCUGCAAAUAUUGUUCUAUUGUCAUAAGACUUAGUUUGUUAAUGUAUAAUGUUAUUCAUGUCAUUAUAUUUUUCUACAACAUAUAAAAACUUUCAUAGUGA